AUGUCCGCAGAUGCCAGGUCUCUUCCAAAGUCUAUUCUGAAGACAUCCCUUCCUUCCGCACACGCUGCAUGGGUCCCUGUGGCGGCUGCAUCGGACCCCGAACACAAGCCUGGCCUUGCUGCGUCUAGCCGUCAAACCACCACCACCGGCCAGUACAAGAGCAAACCAGGCACGGAUCCGCGCCACCUGGCUGUUGCUCUACAUCACGCUCAUAGGAUUCAGGCCCAGAAAGAUGCUAAGGCCCUCAUCUUAGAUCGCAUCCUCGAACUCGUCCAGUUGCCCACCUCCCCGUCUGCAGAUCCCGCUGCUCCAUCGCAGGAGGAUGCGAAGGCAUUCAAGACUGCCCUGGCUGCCUUCCAGCCCUCAGACUACGACAAUCUUAUCCUGGAACGGAAUAUUGAGGGGCUCUGUGGCUAUGCGCUCUGUCCGCACGAGCACCGCAGGGAAGAUCCCAAGGUCAAGAACCGGAUUGUCUGGGGUCCCAAGGGAAGUGGCCCUGGAGGCCGUGGCCGAGAGAUGAACAUCGUUCCGAGGGAGAAGCUCGAAAUGUGGUGUUCUGAUCAAUGCGCGGAGCGAGCCAUUUAUGUAAAGGUGCAGCUGCUGGAGCAACCGGUCUGGGAGAGGCGUGCCGGUAAUGCACAGGAAAAUCACAUCGUGCUCCUCGAGGAGGCGAGAGUGAUGAAACAGGAAGAAAAAGGGAAGAUACGCUCAUCUACUGCCAUGAGGGAAGCUACCCAGCAACUAGGUAACUUGCGGCUCAACGAAGGACAUGACAGUAGCUCCAAGAGCCGUGAUCUGGCUCUGGAGCGUGGCGACUCUAGUCCCGCUUUCGAAGCUGGAAGGGUAGAUGUACAACUCGUUGAGAAGGAGCAUAUAUCCCCGAAUACGGUGACAGUACCCGAACUGCGACCGGAAGACCAGACUGGUGGAUCGGUUGAGGGCUACAUGCCCAAAGAACAUAAGGAUACCCAUUCCGAGGAUGAAGAGGAUCAAGACAUCAUUGAUGUGAUCUAA